AUGGGGCAUUUAUUCCUUGACUUGAAAGUGAAAAUAAAUCAGAGUGACAUUGUUCCUGUAACCCAUUUCGAUGUCUCGAUCCUAAACGGUACCAGUGUUCUAUUCAGUUCGCUGUUAGAGAAGAAUGGACGGCAUGCCUCUAAAAGGUUAAUAAAAAAUAACCUAGAAUGGGUGACCUGGCUCGGCUAUAUCCCCGACACAGCCGUUUCCAUCUACAACGGAUAUGCUGAACGCCGAGACUACGUCUGCAAACACGGGUGCGAUUGUGGCUUCUACAACCCCGAAAUGGGUCCUUACUGCUACUACCCCUAUCUAUGGCGGGAGUAUAAAAGUUCCAGUUUUGAGAUCCUGGUGAACAAAGACGACUUUGAGUUAAUAGAAUGGAAGAAAAACUCCUUUGGUUACGUGCCUCAGUAUUCAGUCAGAACCUGCCCAUCACAGAACGAAUAUGUUGGGAAGAACAUGUAUGGUCUUGGGGAAGUAAACGGUGAUUUUGGGGUAUUUUUCUUACCCUGGGGAGGCUUUGCGUUUUGGUACUGGGAUUACCAGGUCCUGACCUUUAGCAGAGAAAUACUCAGUGACGACAUUUCUCAUGUCAAGUACGAAAUUGAAAGGAAUCAUACCAUUAAGUAUCCUCCAGAGACCCUGAGCAAGACUGUUGUUUCCAACAAUGAGUGCAACCCAAUGACAGAGAAAGUUUCCCUCUCCGAUACAAUCGAAGAGGAGCAAAGGUGGAACACCAGCUUUUUCAUACCAUCUGACAUCCCAGUCACCAUCACUACCAAGGUCCCCUUGAUUAGCGCCUCAGGUAUUACAAUGAGUCCAGUGAGGAGCUUUCGGCUCAGUAAGGGGACCACUCAUAUUCAGUCGAAUACCCUGUCUAUUACUACUGAGCAAGAAGUCCCAGCGACCCACUCAUGCCAGGUCUCUAUGUUGGGACAUAAGUAUCAGGCAGACAUCCCUUUCACGGCACGCCUAAGGCGCACCUAUCGCAAUGGAGAGACCAGAUGGACAUCCAUCUCUGGGACAUUCAACACUGUCCGUGUUGGAGAAGUUGAAGUGGAUGUGGGAGCGUGUAAACCUAUACCUGACCCCAAGCCUUGUUAAGUGGGUGAUACAUAAACUAAAUAUGAAAUACCUGUCAAAUUCGGAUAACAAGCCAAACAUAGACAUGGUUUCUCAUGUUUGAAUGUAUGUGCUUUUUUAAUUGUAUAAGACAAUAAAAUCCCUUGCAUUUAAGUAUUUCUUCAGUUUUGCAAGUGAU